GCAGACGACUUCAUCCGGGCCAAUGCCUGCAAUAAACUGACCGUCAUCGCUGAGCAGAUCCGGCACUUGCAGGAGCAGGCUCGGAAGGUCUUGGAUGAAGCUAACAGAGAUGCUGAUCUGCACCAUGUGGCCUGCAACCUUGUGAAGAAGCCAGGAAACGUUUACUACAUGUACAGGCGGGAGAGUGGCCAGCGAUACUUCUCCAUCCUGUCUCCUAAGGAGUGGGGGACCAGUCCCCAUGAAUUUCUCGGUGCCUAUAAGCUCCAGCAUGACAUGUCCUGGACUCCAUUGGAGGACUUGGAGAGACGAGAUGCUGAAAUAAACAUCCUGGAGAAGCUGCUGAGCCGUCAGGCAGCGCUGCCCCCAUGCACAGAGCCCAACUUCCAGGGCCUGACCAAGUGA